AGUUCAGUUUGCCAAACCUACAUCGUUUCCAAUUUUUAGCACGUGUGUUUGUUUAUAAAUUUUAUUUUAAUUAUAAUUAAGAAUAUUUUGAGAGUCAUUAAAUAGAUAUCUGAAAAGAGUAAAACAUAUAAAUGUAACAUUCAUUGGAAAAUGCCGGCAGUAUUAGAAAACGACGUGCUUGUUUAUAAGGGCAGUAAUUUCUUCCGUCAGAGAUUGCUUCUUUCCACAUUAAGUGGACGAGCUGUUAAAAUAGAAGAAAUUCGAAGCGGUCACGAUGAUCCGGGACUUAGAGAAUACGAGGUCAACUUGAUACGGCUGCUUGAUAAAGUAACGAAUGGCACGCGGGUGGAACUGAGUGAAACGGGCACAUCAGUAUACUUCCAGCCGGGUAUACUGAUCGGCGGACAAGUUACUCAUAGUUGUUGUACACAAAGAGGUGUAGGCUAUUAUCUAGAAAUUCUGCUCGCGUUGGGUCCAUUUUGUAAGGAGCCACUGAAUGCGGUGCUGCAAGGAGUCACCCACAGUGAUCAUGAUGUGUCUGUGGACAAAGUGAAGGCUGCUGCAUUGCCGAUACUGUUGAAAUUUAUACUAGUAGAUGAUGGGUUGGAGCUGAAGGUUGUCAGGAGAGGUGCCCCACCUCUGGGCGGUGGUGAAAUUGUCUUCAAGUGUCCAGUUCGAAGGCAUCUCCGGCCGCUGCAGUGGACUAAAUGGGGCCUUGUGAAGAGGAUACGUGGAGUAGUGUAUGCAUUGCGCGUAUCACCGACUAUGGCUAAUAGAGUUGUGGAGUCAGCUAAAGGGGUUAUGUUGAAGUUUCUACCAGACGUGUACAUCAACACGGACCAGUGUCGGGGCUCCAACGCUGGGAAGAGUCCCGGCUUUGGUAUUAGUCUUGUGGCAGAAACUAAUGAGAAGACAUUUUAUUGCGCUGAAGCUAAAUCCGCGGAGAGCGGCAGCGGCGCGAUAACGUCCCCCGAGGACCUGGGCCGGGAGUGUGCGCUGCAGCUGCUGGACGAGAUACGGCGCGGCGGAGCCAUUGACUCCUCGCUGCAGUGGCUGCUCGCGCUGUGGAUGGCGCUUGGACAGAAGGACGUCAGCGAGUGCGUUGUGGGACCGCUAUCAGAUUACACGAUAAGCUUUCUCCAGCAUCUGAAAGAGUUCUUCGGGGUGAUGUUCAAGCUGGAGGUUCAAAGGACAGAUGAUGAUGAAGAUUCAUCAGAUGAUGAGCAGGUCAGCACAGCGCACAAGGUGAAGAUGACCUGCGUCGGUAUAGGAUAUGUUAAUAUUAGCAAGAGGACGCUCUGAAAAUAUAUUUUGGUUAUAAAAUAAACU